AAUUAGGCCAAAAAUCCUCGCCCCCACCAUCGCUUCUCCCUCUCCCCUACAUAAACCCUAGCGAAGACCCUCGCAGACGCCUCCUCUCGAUCGAAGGAAAAUCCCCAAAAAUCGCCCGAAAAUGAGCCAGGAGCAGGUGAAUCCCAAGGCGUACCCUCUCGCCGAUGCGCAGCUCACGAUCACGAUCCUCGAUCUCAUCCAACAAGCCGCGAACUAUAAGCAGCUCAAGAAGGGGGCCAACGAAGCGACGAAGACGCUGAAUCGGGGGAUAUCGGAGUUCGUCGUGAUGGCGGCGGAUACGGAGCCCCUCGAGAUCCUUCUCCAUCUCCCAUUGUUAGCAGAGGACAAGAAUGUGCCGUAUGUAUUUGUGCCCUCGAAGCAAGCUCUGGGCCGAGCAUGCGGUGUCACGAGGCCUGUCAUCGCAUGCUCUGUGACUAGCAAUGAAGGAAGCCAGUUGAAGUCCCAAAUUCAGCAACUCAAGGAUGCAAUCGAGAAACUUCUCAUCUAAGUAAAUCUCGAAGGAAACCUUUCAGCAUGAAGGGCCCGGUUAGGGGGAGCUGCAGCUUCUUCAGGGGCUUGGACUGAUGAUUGUCUAAUGUUACGCAGAGUUAGUAUUUAUCGCAGUCUUUGUUUUUUUAUUAUUUAUCUAUGUUUUGUUCCAUCGGCGAUGUUUUGAGGAGUUAAAUGUUACCUUGUGUUUGCCAGGUGAGGAUUGUUUGCUACGAAUCAAAUGAUUUUAAGUAUGAAUGAAUGGACAUGCUAAGCUUAGUAAUCUAUAUCUAGUGUCUAAGCUCUUCAGAUGA